UAUUAUCAAAUUAGGUGUCUGGAUAUCAUGGACAAUAUAUAUGUUACCAUAUCUGCCGGCCGUACUCGACUUGAGGAACCUGUUAGCUCCGCCAUACAUGACAACCCUGGCAGCCGGCGCCGAAUCGCAUCCAAAGCAAAGUUGCCGCGUUUUGUUGUUUAUUACUAUUUAAAUUGUGAAAUACAAAACGUAGCGAAAUGGAUGGUGUAACCGAGGACAUGUGGACGCCGUACAAGCAUCUCUACAGCGUUUUCCAGCAUGCAGUCUCGAACCCCAACGGCGUCACUUCCGAGCUGGAGCUCUACCUCAAAAAGUUCAAACAGAACUUUACCAACUUUCUGCGCAAUCCGCCCAAAAAUGAGAAGAAUCGCAACCAGCUGAGAAACGCCGCCAGCGAGGGCAUCACACUGCCUGGCCAGACGCGCAAGGUGCAUCUGUCCCAGGACCUCAUCGACGAGGCCAUCAUUAUAUCGGACAUGUUCGACCUGGACGAGGUGUUUGCGGUGGAGUUGCUCUGCACCGCGCAGCGUCAGCAGUUGCACCAUCCCGGUUUGCCAAGAGGAUUGGUUGCGGUGCUGCUUUACUACGACGGCCGCAAGGCCAUCAGCUGUGCGCUGCGUGACAUGUUCCAGGCGGUGAGCGGCGUGUCCUGGAGCACAGAAUUGCCCAGAGAGAUAACCUACCUGGUCACAAACUAUGCCCAGAAUCUGGUGGAAGACACAAAUAUUCUAGGCCGUCUGCUGGAGUUGCUCGACGAGAUGGAUCUGGACAAGGAGUGCUUGAUGUUGACCAAGAACCGCGCCUUCGGCUCGAAGAAGCACCAGAACCAGGUCUUGGGCAUGUACGAGGACAUCCAGCGGGCCCUGGCUAUGGCCCUGUUCCACUGGUCGGCCCAACGUGGCCUGCCGCGCCCCGUCGCCAUCCGGCUGAUGCAGAUCCUGGCAUCAAGAAAGACUAUCGACGCUUCCGGCAAGCCGGACGACGUCACACUGAUCAUGCUUAUGGCUCUGCUGUACGCCUACGACACCUCCGUGCUGCUCAUCACAGAGUCCAACAACCUGCACACCGCCCGCCUGCCCAUCCUCAGCGACCCGGACUAUGCGAAGGGCUUCCUGGACGCCCUAUACUCCCAGGGCACAUGGGAAAUUCCGCGGCUGGACGCGGUGAUCAAGUACAGCUUCGGCUUGACGCUGGCCAGCCUGCGGCACGCCCCCAGUCAGUUACAGGCCGCCGCACUGGCCUCCAUCAGCCGGGACGAGAUUCUGAUCAACGAGGCCUUGGCCGCCAACGUGUUCGGCUUCUUCUACCGCCAGCUGCUGGAGAAGGACGUGGUCUACUCGACGGAGUUCAUCUACCGCCGCAUGCACCUCCUCAUCACGGACUUUAUUGACUACAUGCACGGAAAGGUGUCAGAGCUGCGUGGAAGGGCGGACGAGGCCGCGAGAAUGGUGGUGAGCUUCGCAAACGAGGGCCUGGAGCCGCCGCCCAACAUAGACUCCAACUUCGAGCUGCUCAUGCUGUGCGUGGCCAAGCUGUACGGCGAUCCGCGCGUGACCAUCCGCCUCUGCGACGAGUACUGGGGCCCCUGCGACCCGACCGGAACCGGGUUCGGGGUCCUGGCGGCGACUCCCACGCCGAACUCUUCGCGCUCCGUCUCGCUCUUCAAGUUCAUCAGCCUGGCCAGCGAGCUGCUGCCGCAAACGCUCUUUAAGUCGUACUUGAAGAUGAUCACCGGACUGACGCGCACAGAGUUUGCUGCCCGCUGUGCCUUCAAUCUCCUGAAGAACUGCCAGGCAGUGACCUCCUCCUACACCGUCAGCUGGGACCACUUCUUCUCGGCCCUAGCCAACUACUACAACAACAUGCGCAAUGACUUCAAUACCAACAUCAGUGCCGCCGGGGACACGAUCUACAGGAGCCGCACGCUGCCCAGGGUCAUGACCCAGCGCGAGACGGAGCACAUGGUGGCCGUGAUGGGCAUUGUGCGGGCGGUGGCCGAGUACGACGAGAUCUCCAGGCUGAUGAUCUGCGAGCAGGUCACCUGGCAGCCCACCCAGGUCCUGCUCGGUCUGGUGGCCUGCUCCACGCCCCUGGUACUCAAGGCCGAGAUCCUGUUCACCUUGUCGGCGCUGGCCAAGUCACGGGAGACGGCCCGCGCCAUUUGGAUGAACCUGGAGGACUCGCAGAUCAUAGCCACCGUGCCGGCGUCCAGUUCCUUCGGCCAGUGCAGCCUGGCGGAGGAGAUCGAGCAGAACGAGAGCCGCCUGGAGCAGUACCAGCUGACCCGUGGCCUCCUGCAGCUCCUCUACAACUUGAUGACCAGCAACAUGCCCCGCAACUUGGGCAUGGGCUCCCGCAAGCCCGGCUACGACGCGUAUCUCAACUUCGUGGUGGAGACCAUCCUGCUGAAGUUCUACAACCGGGCCUACAAGGAUCCGGCCGAGAAGUGGAAAGUGGGUGCCCAGUGCCUCAAGCUGCUCUACUUCCUGCUGGCCACCUAUCGCCCCCGCUCCUCGGACUUCCAGGAGGCCCGCGACGAGAACCCCUACCCGGGCUACCACGUCAUGCUGCAGCUGCAGUUGAAGUCGGAGGUGCUGCGCCUGCUCCUGCGCAUCAUAGAGGAGGCACGCGAGCGCCUGGACGACUACAACCGCUUCCACGGAAAGGAGAUGCUGGAGGAGUGCUCGCUCUAUGCCUUGCUGCUACUCGAGGCUGGACUGUCCAAGCAGAACGCCUUCUUUGAGGCCCACUCCGCGGGCAACUCCCCCAUCCUGCUUUCCGGGCUCAACCGCAUGCUGCUUGACCUGAACCCGCGUAGCCGGCGGCCCGACCACGUCCUGAACAUCGUCAAGUACGUCACCUACAACAGCUGGUUGCCGCGGCACGCCCUCGCCGCGGUCAAGAUCCUUUCGGCAGUCACCCAGCUGCCACACGUCAGUGCCCAGAUCCUGAGCAUGUACGCGAACGGCAGCAACGAGAAGCUGGAGAUCCGCCAGGGCUUCGUCGAGUGCCUGGAGAUGGACGCGCGAGUCGCCCAGCAGAACGACGAGCUGCUGGAGCAGCUGGCCCUCAACGACCACGUGCCGUUCCUGGGCUUCGGCGAGGACUACGACAGGGAGCGGGAGCGCAACAAGGACCGCGAUGACUCCUUGGAGAGCAGGAUGUCCCUGAGCAAGCUGUGCCAACCGGAGGAAGACCUCCUCUUGGAGGCACGGCCGGCCAGCAUAGAGUUGCAGCUGAAGGAGGCCAUCGUGAAGCUGUUCUCCAUGAAUCUCAGCCAGCCGCUGCCCAACUUCGUGUACUUCCUGCUGGGCGUGGACGUGCUCCGCGACUUCAUGGCCAACGACAAGCAGCACCUGGGCAUCGAGAUGCACUGCUCCUGCGUGAACUCGCUGGUUCUGCUCCUGGAGAAGUAUCUGGAGCAACAACGCCACAGCGAGGAGUACUGCGAGCACACGGCCCACGUGGUGGAGCGCAUCUACCACCUGUUUCACGGGCUGUGCGCCAACCGCCGGACCUCGGAGACGGUGCUCCGUUACUUCCGACUGACCUGCAACGACUUCCUGCUGCGCCACCUCACGGCCCUGCCCUUCCGGCAGCACGGCAAGGACGAUGUCUUGCACACCAUGGCCCACCUCCUGAACUGCGUCGCUAUCGAGGUGAAGCUGGCGGCGACCCACGGCCAGACCACGCGCUACAGCCUCAUGUGCGACAUCCUGCUCCUGGGCUCGGGAGCCGACGGGCAGCGUCCGCCCCACGGCGUGCCCAUCGAGAUUUCGGCUCCCAGCUACUUCGCGAUGGACUUAAUGCCGGGUGGCGCCAUAAUCGGCACCGGAGCCGCCCCGGCCGUCGCCCAGGCCUCGGGCGCCGCCAGUCAGAAGGCGCCGGGCAUCGUCCUCCAGGACCAGUCCAUGGGCCUGCAUGCCAACCGGCUGCUCGACGUCCUCGUCCUCGAGUCGCACUCGGUUAACCAGCCCCAGCUGGAGUUCUUCGACUUCCAGCUGAUGGAGUGCCUGCUGCGGGACUGCGAGGGCAAACCCACGCCCGGGGCGGACAACUCGCCGGCCAAGCUGAUUAACAUCCGGAAGCUGCACGACAUCCUGCUCGACGAGCUGCGCAUCGUCCAGAGCACCAUUGUGAGUGGGCAGCGCAAGGCGAUCAUGGCCGAGAUCAUGGAGCUGCUGCAGCACGCUGUCCAGAUCAACCGCGUCCGCAAGCAGCGCUGCGCCACCCUGGCCUUCAUGGAGGCUUGGUGCCUGAUGAUCCAGGUCCUGUUCAGCAGCAUGCCCGAGGCGGUGUUGUCCGUCUCCCUGCGCCGCCAGCACAUCAUCGACAUCAUCGAGAAGAUGCUGCUCAAGGUGGAUCCCAUCCAGCCGAUCAUCGAGGUCAGCAUCCAGGUGAGCGAGACGGUGCUCCUGCUGCUGGCCAACCUGCGCUACUGCUGCUACCAGAUGGAGGACCACCGCUGCGACGAUCCCACAAACGAUCCCCUCUCCCUCGUCACGAACGGCAAUGCCAACGGCGGCGACUCGCAGGCCUCCAAGCUGAGUCUAUCUCGCUCCAACGGCUACCCCGGCGGCGUCACCAACGGCACCGAGCCCAGCGCCAGCGUCAGCAACCUGCGCUUCAUCCUCAAGCGCCUCGUGGAGUGGAUCAUGGUCAGCGAGGUCAAGUCCCAGAAGCUGCGCAUCAACCUCUACAGUGCGCUGCUCAACUGCCUGCGCAUCGCCAAGCGCCUGCGCAGCGAUGAGCAGCAGGAGUACAACGAGAGACCCUCCACCAAUUCGCUCCGCAUGGACCCCAGCAAGAGCGGCACCCACAUCGAUCAGCGCUUAGACGACCGCCAGAGACUCAAGGAGAUGGCCAGCGACGUGAUCGGUACCUUCGGAGAGAAGCUCAUCGACACCAUCUGCCACGACGCCGUGACCGGACACGACGUCUGUCGCAUGCUGGCCCUGGCCUGUCUGGACAUGAUCUCCGAGCUGCAAGCCGUGUCCACGCUGACCGACUUUGUGGCCAUGCGGGGCUACCUGAAGCACCUGUUGGACAGCCUGGACAAGUCGAGCGAGGCGCUGUGCGGAAUCCUGCAGCCGGUGCCGGACAACCUGCGCCCGCUCUACAUCUACGAGUCCCGGAUGGCGUUCCUCACGCGCAUGGCGAACACGAGCCUGGGCGCCCGCCUCGUCCUCAGCGACCGGGCGCUGGGGGUGCUCUCCAAUAUGCGGGUCUUUGACCUUCAGCCGGACCUCAAGGCCAGCGAGCUGCGCCGCAACGAUCCCCAGACCUUCCUGCCGGCCAUCGACGCCCGCUUCCGGGCCAUUCUGCUGCCGGCCCUGAACCUCUGCGACGCGAUCAUCAACUCCCUGGGAUCGCGAAACAUGUCCGCCUCCACGCAGGUGCUCAACUUCCUUUUCGCCCACAUCGACAUGGUGGAGGCGAUGUUGCGCACGGCCACGCCCUUUAUGGACCUAGGCCACCUGCAGCAGCUGGCGGCCAUGACGAACCUGUUCGCACGCACCACCACCCACGAGGUGACCACCGUGGAGGACACUCUCGACGUGGAGAACGACCUGGAGCUGCGCCAGCGUCUAGGCCGCCUGCAGCAGCUGAUGAUCGUGGUCUUUGGCAGGUUCUGCGUCAGCGAGGCCACCAUCCGCCGCAUGGUGCAGCAGGAGCACCACGAGGCCUCCGAGUCCACCAAGAGCCUGCACGUCAAGUACUUCCUGGACAUUGCCGCCAACCUUUCGCUCUACUGCCGCAACGCGGUCACUAGCCACAUCAGGGACAGCAACACCUCCAAGUAUCUGCUGACCACCAUGAUCCAGGAUGUGACGCCACUAACUGGAAAAACGGACGGCAAGAAGCUCACCGCCAUCAUGCACACGAUCCUAAACCAGCUCAAGGGAGCCGUCGGCUACUACCUCUCGCAGAAGUCCUUGGCGGACAACCUGCUGCAGCAGCGUGCCUCCCUGCCCAACCUGACUUUCGGUCCCAACGGCAAACAAAGCUUCCUGGAGCUUAGCCAGCGCCACAAUGAAAAGCGCUCCGAGCUUAUGCAAGCCGUCUUCAUUGCGGAGCAGAACCUGUACCUCCUGUGGAUCCACCUGGACUUCUACCUGCGCAACGCCGUGGUAUACGCUAACGAGAACCGCAACUCCAUCAACGAGAGCAACCUGGACGGCGGCAACAACGUGUCCGUGCUGAACGCCUCCCACGACGAGAUCGUCACCCUGAAACAGAUGCUCAUCUCCACCUUCAACGAGACCUUCUGCACCCAGCUGAUCACCGCCAGCGAGGCCUACGCCCCCAAGUGCAGUGGCUUCAACUCCUCCCUGCUGCGCCGCAUCAAGGCCCUCGUCCAGUUCGCUCCAGUCAACGGUUCCUUAGGCGGGGAUACCCAAACCUCCUUCAUGUAGUCCUUCUUCGUUGUAUUCCCAGGCGCUGUUAGGUUCCGAAAGGGUUCAUUUCCAUUUUCCGCUUCGCUGAAGCGUUAUGUUUAGUUUUUUUUUAAAGAUUCAAUAAAAGUGUGUUGAUUUAUUA